AUCAAUUAAAACCCACUUAGCCGUUACUCUUUUGGUGUCUGUCUCGUCUGAAGAGAAAAUAAAAGAAAAGAAAAAAAAAAAUUAUGGCUUCGUGGUCGUCGGCUUUUCUUGUUUUCACCUUUUGCGCACUGCUAAUAUCACCGGCGGUUUCCCUCACCUGCUCCUCCCAAAAAUUCACCAAGAACCAAGUUUACGCCAACUGCGUCGACCUGCCUUCUCUUUCCUCUUACCUUCACUUCUCUUACGAUUCUUCCAACACCACUCUCUCCAUCGCCUUUAUCGCCACUCCCGCCAAAUCCGACGGCUGGAUCGCGUGGGCCAUAAAUCCAAAGGCCACCGGCAUGGCUGGUUCCCAAUCCCUCGUCGCCUACAAAAACUCCACCACCGGCGUUCCCGUGGUGCAUACCUUUGACGUCAGCACGUACGCUUCAAUUGUGCCGAAGGAUUUAUCGUUUGAGGUUUGGGAUAAGUCGGCUGAGAGUGGAACCGACGGGAGUUUGACAAUUUUCGCUAAAAUUAAGGUUCCGGCGGAUUUAGCGGCCCAAGGGACGGUUAAUCAAGUGUGGCAGGUGGGUCCCGGCGUUGGAGAAGAUGGCAAGUUGGAAAAGCAUGACUUUGCUACCGCUAAUUUGAAAUCUAAAGCAACCCUAGAUUUGAAAAAUGGACAGAGUAGCAGUGGUUCUGGAGGAGACACCAGGGUUAAGAAGAAAAAUAUUCAUGGGAUUCUAAAUGCUGUGAGUUGGGGAAUUUUGUUUCCGGUUGGAGCAAUGAUUGCGCGGUACAUAAGAACCUUUGAGUCUGCAGAUCCAGCUUGGUUCUAUCUUCAUGUCUUCUGUCAGAUAUCAGCUUAUGCCAUAGGAGUUGCUGGCUGGGGAACUGGUCUUAAGCUUGGAAGUGAAUCCCCCGGGAUUCAAUAUUCCGUUCACAGAAGUAUAGGAAUUGCCCUUUUCGCUCUUGCUACUGUGCAGAUUUUUGCCUUGUUUUUAAGACCCAAGAAGGAGCACAAGUACCGAUUCUACUGGAACAUUUAUCACCACAGCUUAGGAUACGCCAUACUUGUCCUUGGCAUCCUCAAUGUGUUUAAGGGUUUCAGUAUCUUGAGGCCUGAGCAUAAGUGGAAAUCGGCUUAUAUGAUUGUGAUUAUUUCCCUGGGCGGGAUUUCCUUGCUGUUGGAAGCCAUUACUUGGGUUGUAGCCUUGAAGAGAAAGUCUGGGAAGUCCACCAAACCUUAUGAUGGAUACAACAAUGGUCAAGCUAGACAGCAGCCGCUUGCCAUGUAAUCAACUAAUUCUUGCAGCUCUCCUGCCCAACCUGAUUUUGUAACAUGCUCCUUCCUCCCCUCUCAUGUUUGAGACACUGAGGUUUAUCUAUUUCGGACCACUUAUUUAUUAUUCUGUCUCUUGUAUAAUGGUUUGAUUCUACAUGAUGUUAUUGUACUUGGUAUAUAUAUAUAUAUAUAUAUAUAUGUAGUAGCAUAUUGCUGAAUAUUUCAGCUUUCUUUUUGUGUGUGUCUUUGCAAAUAGGAUUUAGGAUGGAUGGAAACUUUCGCGUCA